GGGAGAGAGAGAGCGAGAGGGUAGUAGAAGAUCGACUGCCUGCAGUGGCGUGGUGUAUCGAUGGGCCAUGAAAAUCGCGCACGCUGGACGCAGUGGCAGGGAGAUGGGUGGACGAGCAUCGCAUGUACAUGUAGUCCAUGUCGGCACAGGGGGGCGGUUUGAUAAGCGGCAUCUUUACAUCUUUUGAGCUUUUGAAUGCCCGCCCUGAAGCGGGCCUGGCCUUGUGGCCCUUCUUCCCCCUCAUGCCCAUUCCUCGCAUCCACCCCUCCUCAUUCUCUUUUCCCUCUUCAUCCCUCCUCUCCAUCCCCCCUCUUCUUUGUCUCGAUCCACCAUCCUCACUUAUACCUCUCCCCGUGCCCCACCCUCCUUUUCUUCUUUCUCUGCAAGUCCCCGCGAAGCAAGAGCAACGCAGUCAUGCCUGGAUGUCUCGAUGCCCUCAGGGGCCUCUUCUCCCCCUCCGCCGCCGCCGCCGCCGCCACCAGACGCUCCCCAUCCUCAUCCCUCAAUGGCUCCUCCUCUUCCUCAAGCUCCGGCCUCUCCUCGGGGAUCCACGCACCGCUCGCGAUCAUUGACAUGGGCAGCAACGGUAUCCGCUUCGGCAUCAUCGCCUCAUUCGACCGACAUCUCCCAGUCCUCUACGAAGAACGAGCGGCCAUCUCGCUCUUCGAGGCCCAGUUCUCUUCAGAUCCGGACGAGUCCGAUGGAGACGCAUUCAACAUCAAAGCGGGACCAGCAGAGGUAUCGCCGUCAUCCAAGAAAAAGGGACUUGGACGCAGCUCCUCUAGCAGGAGUGCCGUUCCUGCGGUCACACCCUCGAUCUCGAACGCGAAUACGAUCGCGGCCAUGGCUUCACAGGACGGAGAAGACGAGGCGAACGGUCAUGCGGGCGACGAGAACGAUGACGAUGGCGGUGAUGAUGAUGACCUGGACGAUGAUAAUAGCAGAUACACGGCUGAGGAACAUGAACGCAGGGCCGCCCUCAGGAGAACCUUGGUCACGUUCGAGGAUAAUGAUCUGACGAUCGCGGUCGGUCCUGGACCGAGACCUACGGCUGUGGACUCCAAGGUCAAAACCGGCGGCCCUUCGUCUGCAUCCUCGGAGCGCAGACCGAUUAGCGAAAAGGUCAUUGAUGAAGUCGUGAGGACGUUUGAGCGGUGGCAGGCGCUUUGUCGCCAGGCCAAUGUCCGGACCGUCCGUGUCAUUGCCACCGAGGCCACAAGGACAGCACCCAACUCUGAGCAGUUCCAGGCGAGGAUCAAGGCCGCGACGGGUUGGUCGGUCGAGUUGCUCUCAAAGGCUCAGGAGGCCAAUAUCGGUGCCCUCGGCGUCAUGGCGUCCUAUCAUACCGUCCAAGGAUUGUUCAUGGACCUGGGCGGUGGAUCUGUGCAGCUGAACUAUAUCAUUCGAGGACCCAAUGAUGGACAGGGUAAGAGUAGCCCCAACGCGCAGUCGUGGCCAUAUGGAGCAGCAGCACUCUCGAGACGACUGAAUAAUUGCGGACAUGACAAGGCGGCCCGAGAGGCGAUCUUUGACGAAAUGGUCUCGGCGUUCAAGCAUGGACUUAAGGAUAUCAACAUCCCACCCGAGGUUAAUGGACGUGAGGGCGGAUAUCGGAUGUAUCUCUCUGGGGGCGGUUUCCGCGCGCUGGGAUACCUGCUGAUGGCCAGGAAGAUGAAGAACGGCAAGGACGAGAAACGAUACCCGAUCCCGGUUAUUAACGGGUACAUGGCGUCUAAAAAGGAGCUGACCAAGGUUGUUGAUGAGUACCGACACUUGGCUCCCGAGGAGGUCAAGACAUGUUUCAGGGUCUCGAAGCGACGUGCGAAAUUAAUCCCUGCCUGCGCGACACUCAUGGCUGCGGUCAUGAAGGCGAUCGAGAUCAAGGAUGUCCUGUUCUCGGAAGGCGGCGUUCGUCAGGGAGGAUGCUUUGGGAUGUUGUCGAGGGAGAUCCAGAAUAGGGACCCCGCUUAUGAGACCGUCCAGAGUUUUGUCCGGGCCUAUGGUGGAGGACAACCUGCACUGCAUGAUUCAGAUCUGCAGUCUCUCUUCUCGUUCGUGUCGUCGGCUUUGCCAGCGGACUUUGCGGAACGCUGUCGGCUCGCAUCAUCCUCCUCUACCUCCUCAGAAACGGCGGCGACGAACGGGGACAGCCAUGGCACGCUUUCUCCUAAACAUGCGGCAGAGCUGCAGCUCUUUAUCGACAGUCUGCCACGGUUGGUUCCACUCCUGGUCAUGGUCAUGAACUGCUACAACCAGCUGCCCAAGGAAGCCCGGUCCACGGCUGCUUGGCAGCUCUUCUUACCUGGAGGUGCGCUCGCGAACUGCUACGGGCUGACUCACAGCGACCGCGCUAUUCUCGCCACAGUGCUCUCUGAACGCCACGAGGGCGAUCUCGCCGACCCGCAUACUGGUGAUGUGGUCAAGGAACUGAUCCCUGGUGGUAAAGUCGCGCACCAGGCUGUAAAAUACCUUGGCAAGAUCCUGGCGCUUGCAGGUCUCUGUUCUCCGAUGCCGGGCAUGGCGACCUUGUUGCUGGGCCAUGGCGGUGUACCCAAACAUAGUGGGCGCAUCUUUUUCGAGCAAUCGCCUAUUGUGAACCAGCCCUCGAUCGGAGAGAGUAGUAGUAACCACAGGAACAGACGUGAUCCGGACAGGACUCGUGUGGGAGGAGAGCUAUCGACGGACGAGUCGGACAAUGAAGAUGAGGAAGGAGGCGAGCGAGGAGCAGAUAAGGAGAUCGUAGUCUUGCAGGCGGGUCUGUUGCCGGGGGGUGCGGUCGCACAUAGCGGGGUUGUGGUCAAGGUUGCUAAGGGACACCCGCUGCUGAUGUCGCCGAAUGUUCAGGAGGCGGUCAAGGCGUUGGCCGAGGCUGCGGCGAAGACACAUGGGUUCACAGCAUCACUUGUGGCGAAGGAUGAGGAGCCGAAUCAUCUGAACAAGGGCAAAGGCGUGCAUCAUGGCUAGUAAAACUCCCUCCCCCUCUCCACUCAUAACUGAAAGAUGAUUUAAAAUAAAUAUGGGAGAUGGUAUUAGAUCGUUGGUCGGAUCAAAUUUGGAACCCCUCUCAACGACGGUUCUGCUAUAGGG